AUGCCGGGUCCACUAGCCACACAGAACAUACCAACGGACGAUAUGGCGCCUCCUCCGACACCUCCCAAAGAAGCGGUCCAAUUUCCAAUCCCACGUCCAUCUUACUCGCCUCCACCUCCUGUACCCGCGAAGCCCCAGUCCCCGCCUGGCCAGAUACAACAGCUCCCCGAUAUCGCUUCAUCAGUCCCUUCGAGUCCACUCACUUCUGGCCCUCUUGUCAACGAAAUACCUUCGUCCCAGACCAGCUCGUUCAGCUCAAAGGAUAGACUAGGGCUCGCUUCGAGGUUCAGGCGAUCGUCUCUCAGUCUUCGGGAACGAGACAAGGAUGGGAGCGACUCUGAGGACAAGGACAGGAUCAAGGACAAGAUCAAACACUUUUUCACGAGCAGUAGCAGCGGGAGUAGUAUUGACAAGUCAGAGGAUCGCAAGGCAUCAGAUGGGUCGACAACGGGACGAGGCGGAGUCCAAGAGGAGUGCAUCCCACCUGCAACGAUCACUAAGCCUCACGAGGUUCAGCCUCUUUCGAGAUCCCCUCUAGGCCAAUCAACGGCCCUCCCACCGGUGCACGAUUUCUACCCUCGCAAAGCUCCAUCUUCUGGCUCUCAAAUCUCGUCUGACCAGCCCACUAUCACGCCUUCCAAGUCGACCAAGCUCGUCACGCCAUCGACAUCACAUGAGCCUCUCGACGUCACCGUCAGGAAGUCACAGCGCAACACACCGCAUGACGACCCAGGACGACCAUUGUCCUUCACCAGCGAAGUCCAGACAGACCUGCCCAAGAACCCCUCAAGUCCCCCGCCGAUAAGCUUCCAAUCGGAUGCCUUCCACCAGAGCGUUCUGGAUGCUCAGCGUAGCGUUGAUCGUUUAGGUACGACCAUGACAAUACUCAGAGGCGCUGCAGCUGGUUUGGAGCUUGGAGCCGGCUGGAUCCCCGGAGUUGGAAAAGGCAUCGAAUUGAUCGUUCAGAUGCUGGAAAACGCCAAAAACCUAAGUAUGGGCAAGGUCGCAGCCUUGAGAUUGGUUGAGCGAUCCGCCACGGUUCUCAAUGCUGUCCAGCAGGCCAUCAUUGACAACGCUGGAAGGGUGUCAGCUAUCAACCAGGCCAACAUUGACCGUCUGCUCGUCAACCUUCAAGAGAGCUCUAAGCUGUUGGUGAAGCUGUCUCAGCAGCCUUUCCUCAAAUUGUACUUGCAUAUGGAAGAGAACUCGCGGCUGGUAGUCAUGGCAACGGAAAACCUGUCAGACUACAUUGAUAUUUUUAACCUUCAAUUGAUGAUCUCCACUGCUGCAUGGCAAGAGCAGUCCAGGCUAGACCACCAGAAAGAUAUCGAGCUCUUAAUUCGGCAGCAGGAAGAAGCACGCAAGGACGAUCAAGCUUUGUUGAAGCUAUUGGAACUGAAAGCGGAUCAACAGCAAGAAGCUAUCAAGACGCUACAGCGGACUUUAGAUCGCCUGCUAGCUGCUCAGAGCGAUACUCGAUCAGCGGUCGAGGCAGAUGACGUUCAAGCCGGGAGAUCCAUUCUCGGUCUGGAGAGGAUGUCGGUUCCUCAAUCCUAUCUCAUGGACGAAGCUCGGCCAUCGCUUCAAGAUACUGGGCGAGCAACAACAACCACGCAUGCUGAGACAUCUUCCUCUGGCUCAUAUGGCGCUAUUCCGUCUCCUCGGAGCCGAUACACGCGAGGAAGGACCAUGUCACUGGAUGACGAGCACUCCGUCCAACAUCAAGAAUUCUGCGAACAUGCGCUGGAUGUGCUCCGACGACACAGUACCAGUACGGAUGUCGCUGUCCCCGAUUGGACCAUCACCCCCCUUGAGAUAAUCCAAGAUGAACGGGUGAAAUCGGGCGGAUUUGCAGACAUUUGGCGAGGAAAGUGGCAGGGCGAAGAGGUGGCAAUUAAAGAGCUUGGCCCAUCUGCCGAUAGGCAAUUAUUCAUCCACGAGGUAGAGGUUUGGAGACAGCUUAAGAGCCGACAUAUCUUGCCAUUUCUCGGAGCGUCAAGUACCACGGGACCUCCUCCAUGGUUCCUUGUGAGCCCGUACAUGCGAAAUGGGGAUGCUCUGCAGUACCUUCAAAGUGAGAGAGGUCGAGGCGCUAGCAAGUUGGCGAUUCUACACGAGAUCGCUGAGGGUAUGGAAUAUCUCCACGGUCGUGAGAUUGUCCAUGGUGACUUAAAGGCGUCCAACGUCCUACUGGAUGACGAUGGCAAGGCGAUCCUCUGCGACUUUGGAUUGAGCAAAAUAAAAUUGGACAUGGUGACCAAGUCAAAACCCGACUCUCCCAUGCGGUCCGCUAUGGGUGGAACGAUGAGGUGGCAGAGUCCUGAAAGACUGAGCGGGGCAGCUUUGUCUUACAAGGAUGAUGUUUACGCCUUUGCCAUCACCAUAUGCGAGCUCUUCAUGGACCAGGUGCCCUAUGGCUAUGUUGACGACUUCUUGCUUCGGAAGAGCAUACUAAAAGGUCAAAGGCCUCUCAAGCCACCUGGGAUGCCAGAUGAACUUUACAAGAUUUGUCAGAAAUGCUGGGCUGCAAGUGCACCUGAUCGUCCUUCCUUCAGUGUGCUUUCAAAGAUGCUGGCAAAGAUAUACACGCCAGCGAAGACGCGCCAAGCGACCGCUCAGACCGGGACGACCGACGGAGGCAGUAGCUCCUACACCACUGCUUCAGAGGGCGAAUUGCACAGAGAACAGAUGGCGAUCUCCCCGAAACAUCACGGACUCGUCCUCCCUGACGAAGAGAACUCUUCGUCGUCCGGCUCGGUCCAUUCGAUUCCCCCUCAUCUGGAAACGGAACCAUCGUUCGACUCCGACCGAGCGGAAAGACAUUACAGACAUUAUCUCCAGCACGACUUUGACGAUCGACUGACUUUACCUCUUUGGUUCCCGUCGCUAGUCUCGCUCGGCGAGGUUGGCUACAUUCGUCAUGGCCAAUUUGUCAAGCUCCUGGACGCUCAUCGGCCUCCACUCGUCACUCAUCAGCGACAGUUGCCGCCCUUGCCAUUCUUGGACGAGUUUAGCUCACUGCAUACGAAUGGAGGACCCGUCAAUGUCCGGACAGCGGCAGAGAAGGGAUUCGAUUUGGUUUCUUCAUGGACCAGUUUCAUUAGGUCAUCAGGCGAGCAGACAAAACAAGCGGUUUCCCGGCGAAUCACAUUUCCGCUUCGACCUGGGAUGAAGCAGGCUGCGCUGAUUGUGGAUGAUGGCGAAUUCGAGAUCUACGAUUCGUUUGCCGAAGCAAGGGCUUACCUCGUGGCGAACAUUGAUUGGAUUCUGACAGAGUAUGGUGAUGCACACCAUAUCGCCAAGGAGGAUAUCAUCAUGGUUGUCGGCACACUCAAAGCUGCCAACUUUGCCAUGCUGGUAUCAAGUUUUGCACCUCGAACAACGAUAACCUUCAAUGUUCAUGCCAAGUUUGAAACUGGAAAACCAUGGGGAACAUGGGCCGUCAACCGACAGUCCUUCGAUGCCACAAAGGCGUUCAAGAUGUCCUCAUCAUCUGCCGUCUUCCAACGCUCGACCAAAGGCACUGAAGGAUCGUCUCUGGAAAACUGGUACGCUGACCCGUAUGCUCCCGGGGGCAAGGGAAACUAUGGCGUACAAUCUGAUGUGGCGCUGAACGAGUCGGAAUUGAAGUAUAGCGUCAAAGUCUCCACUGUCACGCCUGGGAGAAGAGAGGCGGUCAUGCUCGCAAAGUUGAGAUUUCCACCAGGUAGUAACGAACCUGCUCUGUAUCCUUGA